UUCAUAUCAAACCGGUAGCAUCUUGUUUAUUUAAUCAAACAAAAGACUUUAAAUUGAAAUAGAUAUGUUAAAAAAAUAUUUCAAAUCUCGCAUAACAGUUAAUCAGUUAUAGAAUUUAUAUGGAGCUCCAAGACGAAAAGAUGAGUUUCGAUGACAGAAAUUUUAGCGCAUACCUUAACAGAUCAUACAGUGACGGGUUUUCUCCGCCUCCUGAUAUUUGUGGUAAACAGAGGCAUUCUAAUGGAUAUUUACACCCUUGUAAUCGUUAUGAAAAGGGUAUAUCUUCCAACCAUGAUUAUCUCAGUGUACAGGGAUCUAUCAGAGAAGAAUCGCAAGUUGAUAAAGUAUCAAACAAACCUCCCGUCACUGAUGAUGAUCGAAUAUACAAUGAAAUAGCAGAUUCAACAAAACUUAGAACGUCUGGGCAGUCAGACGUCAAUUGUUUUGACCAAAAAGAAUAUGUACUUGGACCAGCAGAUGACUACUGCGUGCCGCAAGACAAAGAAGCAAAUAAACCAUCUGCAAAUUCUCCUUGUUCUCCCUGUAGAAUGAUUAUUCUUGCUGCAAUAAUAAUAAUACUCCUGAUUGGCCUUGGCUGUGCAGUUUAUUUCUUAUGGCUUAGAAAUACCAAUGAAAAUGAGAAAACUGAUACAUUAAACAACACCCAGCAUAGUAUAACGUCAACGAUUGUAUCAAGUACAUUUAGAACACCAAUAUUUAGUACAGAAGCGCAAACGGAUACCCCUACCAAUCCAGCUUCUACGCUUACGACAUCAACCGAUCAGGUUUUAUCAACUACAAAAGAGAGUAGCCCAUCAGAAGCACCAAGUUCAACUACGGAAAUCUUCUGUUCACCUACUGAUAGAAUAGUUUUUCAACUCAAUCCUGAUCAAAUAGCUGACCCGGAAGUUAGCAGAAAUUUGUUGCCGCACACUUGCGAAGCCUACGUUGGUUACCCUGCAGGAGACAUAAGCAUUGAGAUUUUGAAGUCAGGAGAGCAAGAGUUCAGAAAACUAGAUGUUAUCAUUGAGAGCACAGUGGACAACAGGACGUCAUGCGAAAUUCAUAGAAAAAUAGUAUUUAGAAUAGUAUUUACAUCUGAUAUGGAGAAGGCUAUCAUCAGAUGUUCGGUAAUUAAUAAACACUUCCCAGAUUCUCCAGCCUUUUAUUCAAAAAAUGAAACAGUUCGUCUAAUACCAGGUGAUUCGUGUAAAGAUAACACUGUAUCCCAAAGCAACCGUGUACAUCCUACAAACUGUCAGUAUUAUAUUGAAUGCCAGAACAAAGAACCCUAUGGUCGUGCCUGUCAGUACAACUUUUGUUUUGGAAUAUACACAGUAGAAACAUGCACUCCCUGCAAAGAUGUUACAUGUCCAGCAACAAGUAGCUUCUGCACAAAUACGACUGUUGUUCAGAAGCAGAACGAAGUCAAUAUGACAAUACAUUCUGAUCAGGUUGUUGGUCUCACUUCCACAAGAGCUUCAAAUCUACAUAUUUGCUCUGGUUUUAUUGGCAAUCUAACGGGUGACAUACAAGUUCAAAUACAGUUGGCAGGGAAUAAUAAUUACCAAACAAUCAUUCCUAGCUAUACAACCAGAGUAGAUACAACAGAAAACUGCGGAAUAAAAAGAGUUCUCAAGUUUUGGAUUGGAUUUACUGUGGAUAUGUACAAUGCAACCAUUAGAUGUAGAGUAACAAACGGCUUUCAUCCGGAUGUUUUACCGAUCUACUCUAACAGUGUAACUCUUUACCUGGUUUCCAGUGACUUUUGUAACCAGAAUUUUAACAGCACCAUAACCAACAAAUAUCAUCAUCCAACAACCUGUCAUAGAUUUAUUUCUUGUGUAGGGAAUGCACCUUACGUCCAUACAUGCUCGAGUGGUCUUUGCUUUAGUUUAAAAGAGGAUCGUUGUGAAUAUUGCAAUCUUGUAAAAACAUGUCCGUAAUACAACCGAAAACUGAAUCUAAUUUGAUUAUUGCCGGAUAUGUUGACAUAGACAAGCUUCAAAAUAUAAUCGUGUUUCUUGCAGUUAAUCCCAUAUUGUUUUCAAAAAUUAUAUUGCGCUUAGUCUAGAAGUUUGAAUAUAUCUAUUUGUGUUACAAUACAUUCAAUAAAAAAUGAACGAUGGUGUUUAAAGUGUUAAUAUACGAGUUUUAUUUACGAGUUUUAAUGUAUAUAAUUGAUGAUAAUAUAUAUUAUUUAAACCAUUGGUACUUUUGCUUAAAAAUUACAAAAGGCUGAUGUUUUGUCUGUACUUGUGAAAAUGCCUACAAUUCAUUUUAAUUUGAUUUUACUUUCAAAACUGAGGAUUUUAUUUACACAUUUUUUAAGCCAAUGUGUACAAAUAGUAGAAAUUUUCCUUAAUUAACAUGUCUUUAACAAUACCAAAUAUUAACAUAUGUUUUGGAGAACCUGCAAUGAUACGGUUCCACACAUAAAAAUUUAAAAACAUCUGUUCAUGCUUUUAUAGUUAAAACUGCUAAUUUUAUCGAGUCAAAAUUAAAUCGACUUGAUCAAAUCAAUGUAUCACAAAAUAUCAUUUGUUUUAUCAUGUCCCUGUCAAUCAUAUAAACUUUUAUUUUAAGAAAACUGGAAAUGUCAAAAUAGACUUAGAAUAAUUCAGCCACUGUAUGCAUGCCAUAUA